GUCCUAGUUACGAUCAUAAUACUUACGGUCUGCUCAUUAAUGGCUGAUGUUUUUUCUCUUUGGCAGCUCGCACUGUCUGCAUAGCUGACAGAAGAAUGCGACGUAGCAAUGGAGUGGUUUCUUGUAAUGGCUCUGUCAACGAUGUAUCGAGAUCAAACGAGAGGAGUAGUUCGGGGGUGACAUCCUAGCAAGGCGAGAGUCUAACUCCAUGGGUGUCUUUUUUUUGAUACAUAGAUAGCUGCCGUUGAUGUUUCAGGGAAUCUUUUUCCUGUGCUUUGUUUCAGUUGAUGAACAUACACAUAGUCCCGGUGACGACAAUUCCCAACAAAGAACACAGCAUACUUCGAAUAAACUUUGAUGCAAGAUAUCACGUUAUCCCUUUUCUCUCCUUUUUGAACAGGGCUAAACAUGUAUGGCAGGUCAUAAUGAUGGGCUUUACCUCCUGUUAUCACGCGUCACAGCCUGAGGGCAUAUAAUAAAGUCCGUCUUCCUUGAUGCCACGAGUUAUCAAAGUGUGCUUUCAGUUCUGGACGUCAGUGCGCCCAUCUGUGAUUCAUCAUGUCCAUACAGUCGACAUACGUUGCCUCUACGGAAAUAAUUCUGGUAUCCUUCGUCCUUGUAGUGUACGACCAUGCUAUCACGUUAGAUCAAGAGAUAACUUACUUCUGGUCUGGUUCAUGGUCAGCGGCACGAACACUAUAUCUCAGCAUCCGAUACUUGGCUCUGAUACGGGCUUGUUUUUCUCUUUAUGGACUAACAGGACAGGUCAAAACUUGCACCUCUGUGGAAACCUGUCCUUCAUUGCGGAUUACUUUCUUACAUUGACGGUCGCUGUAAUUUGUCAAGCUGUUGUGACAUUACGAGUGUGGCAUCUAUUCCUCCAUAGUUGCUUCAUUAGACGGCUGGCGGUCACUGUUUUCAUCAUCUGCGCGGUAGGAGCUGUCAUAGUUACCAGCGUCGAGUUUGAUGCCAUGAAGAGAGCCCUGUGUGCAUCAUCGAUCGCUGAGAUCUUCACGCAGGGCCCUCUAUCUAUGUUUACCGUCUACCUGCCAGCCCUGGUCGUCCAUACGGUCAUGCUCUUACUGACGAUGUAUCGCUUUCGCGUCAGCCCAAAAGCAUUGCAACAACGUGGCAUUAUGCACCGAUUCGUCAAAGAAGGGAUAUUUAUGUAUACCUUUGCGACCGGAUCGCUACUGUACGAAAUUAUUUGUCUUUCUAUGACUGAAUCAAAGGACAUAUCUAUAUAUUAUCCAUCUUUGAUAGGAGGGCAAGUUUUACUAAACGAGAUGGUAUUUACGGAAGCUCACGAGACAAAUCUAUUUCCCAGAAUAGCAAUAUCAACUACAGCCGUCUCCGUCUGUCGUGCAAUGCUAAGCAUCAAGUCAUUUGCCGUAACAUAUCAUGUCGAUCCGGCAUGGUUGCUCAACCACGCAGAACUCAGUCGUGUUCAAUGGAGGAGAGGAGCCAGUGAAGGGGAAAUCUUUGUUGAAUCGGGCGACAUGGAGGCAGAUCCCCCUUCCAAAUUGCUGGGGGUAUCUGCCGGGAGAACAGAAGGCGAAUGGGUUGUGUAAAAAUUCAAUUUAACUUCAAGUACCCGGACAUCCUAUCUCGAUAUCACGCUUGUGCUUAGAAUGAGAUCGCUUGGCUGAUUGAUGCUCAUUCCUCUCGUACUUGUGGGAUCUUUGAGUGAUGGUGCUCAGAACACAAAGUGAGUGAUGAUAUAUGUUUAUUAUCAGACGGGGGAAUAGAAGAAAUGGGAGCGAACGAUCCCACCAGGACUACUUAUCACUGUUUCAUAAUCAACCACUAGGCCUCGCCCAAACUCGCCCAAAACUCAUUUCUAGGGAUGGAGCGAUUUCCAGUAUGGUGUCACGCCAUGUGUGCGCUCCACUUGAGCCUCCACUGAGCACCACCAUCGAGCACUCCAGAUAUUCUGAUGUCUGUGUCCCUCUACUCUCCCUUUGACCAUUCGAUUUAAUC